CAAAACAAAUGGCAGGAGUCAAACUGGGAAACAUCACACCGGAUAGCCUACAUUACACUAAUGUAACAUUUUUUGGUUAUUCCAGAUCGCAUUCAAAUAAUCGGGACUUUCACCCCGCCGUCGCAUGCAGAUACAAGAGAACAAUGGAUUACUAUUAACACUAAAUCAGCAUUUUUUCCCCCUGAAACGUGCCUGUCAGCUGACCGGUGGACCCAAAGCCGAGGAACGAGGAGGAAAUGAGACUUCACUAAUGGGAACGAACGCUAACACGCUAUCGCAUUAUUUUCACGGGUUUAACGCCAUCUGUUUGGGCGAAAUGGAUGUCGUGCCAGUGUAUUAUAGGAUGGACUGUCCUCUAUUAUAGGUCGCGAAACAACACCACUUGCACUUAGUUAGCAGCACAUAAAAAAGGGAAAAGUCGAAGUCAUGUCGGACAACAACCAGCCAGCUGGUCUGCACAUCUGCCGGCGGCUCAGUUAUGCAGUGGGACACUUUUUAAACGACCUGUGUGCCUCGAUGUGGUUCACCUAUCUCCUGGUUUACUACCACACGGUGCUUGGGUUCAAGAACACUUAUGCCGGCGUGCUGUUACUCGCGGGCCAGAUAGCAGACGGAAUCUGCACGCCGCUCAUCGGAUACGAGUCCGACACCACAAAGGGAUGCGGGACUUACGGGAAACGGAAAACGUGGCACCUAGUGGGUACAGUGAGUGUGUUGGUGUCAUUCGCCUUCAUCUUUAACCAGUGUAUCGGCUGCGAUGUCAACACUCCUCAGUAUGCCAGUCUGGUCUACUUCCUCCCCUUCAUCGUCGUCUUCCAGUUCGGCUGGGCGGCCACUCAGAUCUCACACCUGUCCCUCAUCCCAGAGCUGGUCACCUGCGAGUAUGCCAAGGUGGAGCUGACCGCAUACAGGUAUGCGUUUACGGUGGUUGCCAACAUCACGGUGUACGGCGCCGCCUGGCUCUUCUUCCACCUGCAGGCCGGACACGAGGACGCCAGCCUGGGACCUGCUGACAUCCCCGUCUUCAGGAACCUGAGUCUGCUGGUGUUGGCUGUGGGGGCGGUGACCUCGGUGCUGUUCCACGUGGGGACGCGGGAGAAGAGCUACGGGGCGGCCGACGCGGAGGCGGAGCCGGGGGAGAGACAACACCUACUCAGCUCCGCCCCCAAGCCCCCCAACCCCGCCCCCUGCACCGCAAAACUACAGUGGAAACACUGGCUACUGGAACCCUCAUUCUACCAGGUGGCUCUCCUCUACAUGUCCACUCGACUGAUCGUCAACUUGUCUCAAACUUACGUCUCCAUGUACCUCACCAACACUCUCAUGCUGCCCAAGAACUACAUCGCUACCAUCCCGCUGGUCAUGUACGUGAGUGGUUUCGUCUCCUCCUUUAUCAUGAAGCCGAUCAGCAAACUCAUCGGCAAAUGUAUGACGUACUUCGCUGGUCUGCUGCUCAUCAUGGCGUUUGGCUACUGGUGCCUGCUCGACACCCAUAUGGCCUCGUCUGUGUACGGGGCGGCCGUGCUGCUGGGCACCGGCUCCGCCACCAUCCUCGUCAUGUCUCUCUCCCUCACCGCAGACCUCAUCGGAGACCAGACGCAAAGUGGGGCGUUUGUGUACGGAGCCAUGAGCUUCACUGACAAGCUGGCCAACGGACUGGUGGUGAUGCUGAUACAAGGACUACACCCCUGCCAGACUGAGGCGUGCUGUCCUGCGUGUGUGUGGUACUACCACUACGUGAUGUCCGGGGUGACGGGGGGCGUUGCCAUGCUAGCAUCGCUGGUCCUCUGCACACUGCUCAUCUGGCCAAUCAAACUGCGGAGACGGCUGCCGGUGAUUAGUGGUCUACUGGGGACGGAGGACACCGAGACCGAUGACACCUCUGAGGACACGUCACCCUCCCUCAACUGAGGACACGUCACCCUCCCUGAACUGAGGACACGUCACCCUCCCUGAACUGAGGACACCUCUCCCUCUCUCAACUGAGGACACGUCACCCUCUCUCAACUGAGGACACGUCUCCCUCCCUGAACUGAGGACACGUCACCCUCUCUCAACUGAGGACACGUCUCCCUCCCUGAACUGAGGACACGUCACCCUCUCUCAACUGAGGACACCUCUCCCUCUCUCAACUGAGGACACGUCACCCUCCCUCAACUGAGGACACGUCACCCUCCCUGAACUGAGGACACGUCACCCUCCCUGAACUGAGGACACCUCUCCCUCUCUCAACUGACGCUGAAUAAAACUGGAGUUUAAAAAGAGAGAAAGAAGUCAGCUUCAACCAGGAUUUUCUGCUCCCACUUUUAAAAAAAAAUUGCCAUGAAAAGGGUUUUCACCCGAAACAUCACGUCAAAAAUAAUGAAGUGGCAGAAGAAAACUCCUGGUUGAAGCUGACUUGGUUCUCUCUCUCUUUUAUCUUGUCAUCUGGUUGUCCUGCUGCCAGGUCAGACGUUUGGAUGUGUGGACUUGAACCUGCUCCUACAACACAACUGGAGCUGCCAUAAAGGGAACGAGGGACGUUUUCUUUUGGAACCCAAAACCUUUAGUUCCAUGUGUUUUCUUUUGGAACCCAAAGCCUUUAGUUCCAUGUGUUUUCUUUUGGAACCCAAAGCCUUUAGUUCCAUGUGUGUUCUUUUGGAACCCAAAGCCUUCAGUUCCGUGUGUGUUCUUUUGGAAUCUUGAAGCCUUCAGUUCCAUGUGUGUUCCGACAUGCUGCACAUCUCUUCAGAAUGUUGCUAUUUUUUAUUGGACUAUAUUCUCUGUUUAUCUAAUUUUAUUAUGUUCCAUUGUUCCUUUUUAUACAUUGAUUUUCAUUGUUCAGUGGUAAUCGCUAAAUGUGCCAUAUUUUUGUUGUUGUGUAAUUUUACUUUAUUUUAUUUUUAUUUUAUUUGAAAGGGAAAACUGACCAGUAGGAUGCUAAGGAGACAACUGGGGCCGUUUCAUUGAGAAACACAAACUGUCACUUCUCCAUUUUCUCCACUAGGGGUUUCAUUGAGAAACACAAACUGUCACUUCUCCAUUUUCUCUGCAGAAUAAAUUCUCAGUGCAACGUUAGCGCUGAGACUAUUUUUGUGAAAAGGAACUUUGGUGACACUUUAAAGGAUAAGGGAUGCAUUAAAACGCAUUAUUAACACUUAGUAAAUGAUUAUGUUGAACAGAGCAUUAAAAAAUGUUUUUUAUUAUUUACUAAGAGUUUAUAGUGCUUAUUAUGCAUUCCUUAUUAUAAAGUGUUGCCGGGAUUUGCUGGAUCUGAUAUGGUGCACUUGUGCACUUCAGUGUUCAUGUUUCAGUGCGUAUGGCGUAUUAAUGACACACUGAAAUAUAGUACCCCAAGUGCACAAGUGCCCCAUCAGAGAGACCGCGAGUGCGUUCCAAUAUGCGGCCUUGCCUCCUCCACUUGUGCUCGUCUCCUCGUACCAGGAAGUAAUAUGUCAUGAUGACAUCACUGACAACAUCAUUAUAUUUCAAAAUCUUGCAAAAGCUCAAUUGUAAAGUCUUUUUUCUCAUUUGCAAUUGGGAUGGUGAAUGAAAAACAGUUCCUCAAAAGUUGUUGUGGCGAGACUGACAGCUGGGAAACUUUAUCGUUUUCUUCACAAAGGAGGAGGGGCCAGGAGGCGGGACGAGGAGACGAGCACAAGUGGAGGAGGCAAGGCCACAUAUUGUAACGCACUCAGCAUUUGUAUAUACAGGUAGCCUAAUGAGGAAGUCAGGACUGCCGAGCAGGACCUCAUCUCUGAAAUAUGUCUCACUUAUAAAAUAUGGAAAAGCAGACAAAUAUAUUCAAACUCUGAACUACGUGACAUUCUGCAUUGGACUGAUUCUUGUAAAACAAAAUCAUUCCUUUUAACCCAGGUGUGUGUGUGUGUGUGUGUGUGUGUGUGUGUGUGUGUGUGUGUGUGUGUGUGUGUGUGUCAAUGUAUGACACAAACACUUGCAGGACUAGAUACCAGGCAAGGGCAUUGAUGUCAGGAUGCAGAAUUUCUAGCCUACAGCUUCUGAAACUGCAGUUGGUAGCCUGGCUGUAGCUACUAGUUAAACUGCUCAGGUGGCUUUCAGCAUCCAAAUUGCAACUGAGAUGUGGACCGUUGAAUCAUGCCACGAAUCAUGAUAUUUCAUAAAACUUUAGUCAUCAUUGGUGAUGUUGAGCCGCGCAUCACGACGUCACAUGUAUCAUGACGGGACGAGAGAAACUCGACUGAUUUGCACUUCAUAUGUGUCAACCACAUCACAGGUCUAGAGAGCAAAGUCCACGCCAUGUUUUCUCUGUAGCACAUGUGACUUUACUAUUUGCUAAUCUACCUGUCUACAGUUCUAUUCAAGGGUCCGUAUCUCGAAAGCGUCUUUGCUAUCGUUGUUAGCAAAGUCCUUCAUACGAGCGACUCAACUCUCUCUCGACAGCGACGCUCACCACUAAGUCCAAGGGAAUGGUAAGACGGUCUAAAGACGGUUAGCAACGACAAUAAUUGAGAAACGGACCCCAGAUGUCUUGUCAUAUAAACUACCUGUCUACAGUUCUAUGCAGGUGACAUGUCAUAUUUACCUGUCUACAGUUCUGGGGUCUGUUUCCCGAAAGCGUCUUUGUUAUCGUCGUUAGCAAAGUCCUUCGUAAGAGCGACUCAACUCUCUCUCUCACCACUAAAUCCAAGGGAACGGUAAGACGGUCUUAAGACGGUUAGCAACAACAAGAAUCGAGAAACGGACCCCAGUGCAGGUGACUUGUCAUAUUUUUACCUGUCUACAGUUCUAUGCAGGUGACUGGUCAUAUUUACCUGUCUACAGUUCUAUAGGCCUACAGGUGACUUGUCAUAUUUACCUGUCUACAGUUCUAUGCAGGUGACUUGUCAUAUUUACCUGUCUACAGUUCUAUAGGCCUACAGGUGACUUGUCAUAUCUACCUGUCUACAGUUCUAUGCAGGUGACUGGUCAUAUUUACCUGUCUACAGUUCUAUAGGCCUACAGGUGACUUGUCAUAUUUACCUGUCUACAGUUCUAUAGGCCUACAGGUGACUGGUCAUAUUUACCUGUCUACAGUUCUAUACAGGUGACUUGUCAUAUCUACCUGUCUACAGUUCUAUAGGCCUACAGGUGACUUGUCAUAUCUACCUGUCUACAAUACUCAUGGCCAUUAGCUGCUUCAGAUGUGGUUGGUUGGUUUUGGGGUUUGGUUGGUGUUUUAAUUUUCUGAACCUGAGAUUGAUGCCAGUGUUGUAAGCAACUUUACUCUGAAAUGACUUGACAAUCUGCACUGGAUUGAUUGUUGAUAAAAUAAAAUAAUUACUUUGAUGAAUUGUG